AUGAUAUUGCUCCUGAGCACGGCUGAAGCGGCGGCGGCGAAGAUGCCCCUCUCAGUGGCGGUGGCGGCAACGCUCCUCUCCUGCUGCCUACACGCAGCAUGUGCCGGGGCCGAGGAGCCGAGGGUGGUGUGUCCAAUGGCUAACGUAGUGCGCGAGCACACGAAAUUUGUGACUGUGCCUGUGAUAGAGGUGGCCGAAAAACCUCUCCCUACGAUCCGUCUCUCCACCUACACGAGUACCACCACCACCACCACCACUGCCACCCUCACCUCCACUACUUGCCUGAUCCGUAACCUCUCCGUGAAUACCUCCACCAUCGAGGUGUUCGUGACCUCGGUGGUGACAACCCACAAGACGCUCACGGUGACGCAGGUGACGCCUGUGCUGUGGCCGGUCACCCUCACCACCACGGCCCUCACCACCACCACGGCCACGCGUCACCGUCACGCCACCACCAACCUCGACCCUCCGCCGCUGCCCCCUGCGCCGGUGGAGACAGUGGUGGAGAGUCGGACAAUGGUGAUCAGCAGGACAGCCGCGGUGUCUCCCCUAACACGCAUAGUCACCAACAUUAUAACUUACACUGUCUGUCCUGCUGAGUUAUUCAUUAAAUAGGUGUGUGUGUGUGUGUGUGUGUGUGUGUGUGUGUGUGUGUGUGUGUGUGUGUGUGUUCGUAAAUACCAUAGUGUAUGUUUUCUGGAGUUUGCCAAUUGUCUGCAAAUAAUCAUGUCUUCAUUCUAUUCGUUUUAUUCUGCCUUGUGUUCAUUGUUUUAAUUAGAAGGAUCAGAACCUGGAGUGAUUUUUCAUUAUUGCCCAGUUGUGGAUAUCUGAGGGUUGAUGGAAGGCCUUGGUGAUUAUACGAGCAAGCUGUUGCAGUGUUAUCGAAUUUAAGCCACCAGUCAUCGUCGGCCGUCGUAACCUUGGUCUUAACGCUGGUGUCUAAGCCUUGUUACGAAAGAGGCGAUGGAGAUUUGAUUAUUUUGAUACGAUAAAUUUCAUCUACGGCUAGGGAAACUUGAAUCGGUGAGAUAUCUUCUUCCUCUGAAACUGAACCAACUGUACAAGAAAACUCUUCACCUAACUCUGAAAUUAAAAGGUUGAGGAAAAAUAUGUAUCCUUUGUUAAUUAAUGACAUUUGGAUCAAAACAGUUAUUUACUCGAGAACUGGGGAAUAGAUGUCUCCUUGUUUGUCGGUCCCUCGUCCCUUAUUGGUGUGAGUCAUGAAACUUCCACACUGCUUCGAAUCCAUGAAGAAACCAAACAUACAUUCUCCGUAGCUGAUCGUCCGUUCCAAUCUAGCGGACAAGCAAGUGUGAAGCAGUUUGGGUCAGGUGGUCAAAGGAGGCUCUAUACUCCGUUCUUCUCCUUCCACUUGUUCUUUUCACUCCAAGCACAAGGGGGCAACGCGCACUCCCUUCAUCCAAACCAAGCUUAUCCUCCAGUCCCUCGACCCAGCAAGAGUGGACUCCAUCAUGUCUUUCUUUCAACAGCUUCUACUACUGACGGUUUUCCUAACUCCCCAUGCCUUACAUUCCUCCUCUCCCUCCUCCUCCCCCGCGUGCCCUUCCCUGCAGCCGGCCAUCCAUGUCACGAUCUUCCACACCCUUGACGAUAUCCAACUAGUGACCUCGACAUUCCCAAGCACGGAGACCAUUUUCUCCACCAAGGAAAUCAACAUAACGACGCAUCAAGGGCAGGAGAUUCUUAUCACGGAAGAGACUCCAACGACCGCCUAUGUAACAAGCACCGUCCUUCAGCGUGUUACCGUCGAUAUCCCGCAGGUGUUCACGAAGAUGAUGCCGUUCCCCGUCACCACCACCGUCGUUCACAUCGUCACCAGCACCAGCACAACCCAGGCGGAGUUAUCCAUCGCCAGAACCAUGACGGUGAACAAGUUGGCCCACCAGGAGCUGUAUCAGAGGACGCCUUUGACCAUCACGGGCGUCAAGAUGAUCCCCACAUGCACGUCUACUGUGACGGUAACUGCGAGGCCCAGGGGCGGCGUUACCUCCACCGUGGACGUCCUCCUGAAAAGUACCGCCACCACGACACUAUACAAGCUGUACGCCACGAGCACCUCCACCACCACCCUCACCGUGACGCGGGGCUCGAGGGUGGAGCAGCGGUGCGUGACGCGGUGGUAAUGAUCAGGGCAUGUAAACGAGGCAUCCGGGGAGCGGUGACUUGAUUUUAAGAGAGGAUUUUUAGGUUUUAGUGGGACGAGUGUGUAAUGAGACCUUUUAAAGGGGAGGAUGGACGGGAAGAAUGUUUUAGUUAUAGAUAGAUCAGCUGUUUUAGACUGUUUAUUUUUAUUAGUCACGACUACGGUGCUCUGAUUGUAUUUGUUACCAUACUUCUCAUGUUUUCAAUCAUGCACUUUUUUUUGUUCCUUUGACAUUUUACUGAUAUUUUACUGUGUAAGGUAGUGCUUUGUCCUUUUCUGAAGGACCUUCACCUGUGAUCGCUGGUAGAAAUAAAAAAAAGAUGGAAA